AUUGGAAUGGUCAGAAUUAAACAAUUGAUCUUUCCUUGAGUCUGUUCGUCACUAGAUUACUCUUCGAUUUCAUUACUUCAUACAACAGAGCAGAGGUAGGUAAGUAGCCGGCCACCGAAAUUUGACGAUUGACUACUUAUAAUAUGCUGAAAGGUGUGUUGAUAAAGGUGUAUGUUUUCCGUCGGUAAUGAUAAUACUUGCAUUAUAUUCAUUGGGUUGAGCUUCUGUGAGGAUGCGAAUUUACAAUCCAAAACUGAACUUAUACUUUGAUUCUACUAGUAAUUGCAGAUAUUAGCCUAACACAAUACAACUAUCUUCAUCGUUAAACCUAAAUAAAUGUAAGCAUUAAGAUUUUCCAUCGUAAAAAUGGAAUGCCUAGUUGGCAGUUGGCACUAUGCCAGUAGACAUUCCCCAUUGCAAAACAGUACGAUGACCUUAUCCUAGCAGAAAUGGGACAGGUGGAUACUCUUUCCCCCCUGCCUUCCUCUGUCGCUCCAUCUUCUCUCUGCUUCUUUCUUGUAAUCCAAAAGGAGUCAGAAGAACGCAUGAACUAGCGAGACAGAGUAAAAAUGCAUGCUCUGUCGUCUCUCCCAUUGCAAAUUCCAGCAGCAGCCCUUCUGACUCCCUCGAAAAAGCACCAAACUUUCGAUACUCUACUGCUUGAUCAUCGCUCGAGCUCGCCAAGGAACCGACGGCGGCUGCUGCUUCCCAAAAACCAUCAGUUCCGAACCAGCAUCUCACCAAAACCAAAACCUAGUUUCACAAAGUGCAGGUCUCAAGGGAAGCCAGAAGAAAAUGAGGUUGAGAGGCUAUUCUCCAACGUUAACCAAGUCACUUUGAAGAGAGAACCCGGAAGCUUGUCCAGUGCAAUUUUCCUCGUGGCGGGUACCACGGUGGGUGCUGGGAUUCUGGCAAUUCCUGCAGUUACCCAAGAUUCUGGAUUCUUGGCCUCUGCGGCUGCUUGCAUUGUUUGCUGGAUAUUCAUGGUUACUACAGGGUUGCUCGUUGCGGAAGUUAAUGUGAACACCAUGUGUGAAUUGGGCUCUGGUGGAGUGUCAUUGGUAUCCAUGGCCAAGCGUACCCUUGGGACAGCAGGAGUUCAAAUUGCCUGCUGGUCUUACAUAUUCAUCCAUUAUGCCCUUCUUGUGGCCUAUGUAGCUCGCUCUUCAGAUAUUAUAACAAACUUUCUCGGCAUUCCACUAUGGGAGAGUGCCGCCUUAUUCUCUUUGGGCUUGGGAAGCAUAUGCUACUUUGGAAGCCAGAGAGUCAUUGGUGCUGUUAAUGGAUCUCUUGUUGUGGGGAUUAUCAUUUCUUUCACAGGGCUAGUGGUUGUAGCAAGUGCAAACCUGCACUGGGAUGCUCUUCUAAAAGCAAAUUUUGAAGCUGUUCCAAUGAGUAUACCAAUAAUAGCACUUUCCUUUGUUUAUCAGAAUGUGGUACCUGUUAUUUGCACAAAUCUUGAAGGUAACCUGUCAAAAGUAAGGACUGCAAUCGUACUGGGCACUGCCAUUCCUCUAGGCUUGUUUCUUGUCUGGAAUGCUGUAAUCCUUGGAUCCCUUGUCAGCCAAGAAACCAGCAAUAUGGUGACUGAUCCUUUGCAGCAGCUGCGUUCUACCAAUGGAGGUGUUGGGGCAAUAGUUGAGGUCUUCUCGCUUCUCGCAAUUGCGACAUCUUAUAUUGGCUUUGUUCUCGGCCUUGCUGACUUCCUUUCUGAUUUGCUAGAACUCCCCACUGGCAAGAAUAGCGCUCUACCCUACAUUCUAACAUUGUUUCCACCGUUGGUACUAUCACUGCUAGAUCCUGAGAUAUUUUUCAAGGCCUUGGACUUUGCAGGGACAUAUGGAGUACUGGUGUUAUUUGGGAUUCUUCCUGCUGCAAUGGCUUGGUCGGAUCGUUACUCAAGCACAUCUUUGUCGAUGAAAUUGCCGGAACUUGUUCCUGGGGGGAAAGUUACUCUUUCCCUUCUCAUUGGAGGUGCAGGGUCCGUCAUUCUAUCUGAACUAGUGGAGAAACUCGGGCAUCCCAAUUAAAAAACUGCAAGCAGUUUCAUCUCUGUUUCUUCUUCUGCAAGUCCGUGUUGUGGAUUCAUUUUACUAGCAGUUGGAGAGUUUCAGGAUAUCCCUCUUGUACAUAGAUGGCCGGCCUCAAAGGGAUUGCCAAAAAGAGAGAACAGUAUAGUAUAGUAUAGUAAUAUCACAAGUGACUCCUGCUUCUUUACAUUUCUAACUGAUGUGCAAAAAAAUCUUAUCAGCCACC